AUGGAUCUCCACUCCCUCGGGCCUCCGGCGAUAUGGCGGAGGGGGAGGGAGGGGGACAUCAAUGAAAUCGAUCGCUGGGACGGCAGUAGCAAUCUCAAGUGGCAGGGCGGCGGCGCCGUUGCCUCCUCCACGCCGCCGAAGCCAAAGGCAGCGCCCAAGAAGAGGUUCCAGGAGGACAGCGAGAACCAGGACCCUGCGCUGGCCACGCCGCCCCCACGACAGGCGCCAACUAGUAGGCCGCCGUUCGGUGCCCCUCGGUGGAACAAGAAUGCCAAGGAGGCCAUCAAGUCCAGAAUCCGAAGCGAUUUGAUGGAGAAGGUAUCUCCUGAUGCCAGCGUCAGCAAUCCAGUUCCCAUGAGAUACCGUGAAGGAGGUGGCGAGACAAGAAACAGUGAAAAAGAGUCCAAGCCCAAUGAAGGGAAAGAAAGUGGGGCUGAAGGUGGAAGCAGGGAAGCAAAGGUCUCCCUCUGUGCUGAAGGAAGUGAAGGCAACACCGCCCACUCCGCAACGGUUUCCAUCCCCAUCGCCAAACCGCAUUAA